CGCAGGUCUAGGAACGGCGCAAGAGAUUUCAUCACCUCAAACGUGGUACGUACAGGCAGAGUUCCGUCAAGUGGCCACCUGAAAUAUGUGGUGAGACAUCGUGUUUAUCAAAGAAUUUCACUUGUUUAUUUGUUUCGGCUUGUUUGUGGGGUACGGCUGGGCGUCCCUCCAUCCUGUUGGUGGUUACGUUGCAUUUGGAACCUUUCAGCUUCAGUUGCCAAGUGUAACAGAAAAACAAAUCAUAGACAGCCCAUCCCCGCUGUGUUCAAUUGCUCUGGCCUUAACAAAAGGCUCUUAUCUCGUCGUUUUCUCUGACAGUUAGCGCGAGCUUUGAAAUUACGAUGUAGGCGCAAAUCCGGCAAUGUAGGCUCCAUUUGUGACAUUGCAUGCCCUCCCUCUUACUCGUAAGUCAUCUUUUGCAACAGUACGAAGCUGAGGUGAUGCCACCAAGUAGAAAGUUCCUUUUCAUGAGCUUAGCUGCAUCUGUUUUCCCGUUUAGGGACAGUCCUCUAAGCUCUCGUGAGCGGACAAGACGAAUUGAAGAACGCGUGUUUUCUCGCAAGCGGCAUCGCCUGCGCACCCACGAACCAUACCGUUCAUGCUUGUUGAGAGCAAACAUGGAAGUUUACUCUUUCUCUGAGGAAGAGCGAAACUUUGGCGGUGACUGGGAAGAGGAGACACCAGGAGAGGUUUUAUCCGGUAGGCAUGCCGCGGCAGCCUCAAAAUCACUGUGCCCAUCCUUGGCUUCGCAUGACUACGCCCAGCAGUUUCUGAUUGUUUUGGGCUUGCAACAGAAGCGUCUCGAAGAUCUCCAGCAGCAGAGAACCCAUUUGAUUGAGAGAAUUCGUCUCAAUACAAUAUUACGGUCCAAGGAGGCUGCCGCAAAAGCCGAGUCUCUGGCGCGCCUGCUGAAAAGACAGGAGGUCCAAGAUAAGUGGAAAAACGAACGAAAUGAUCAGUUGCGAAACCAAGCCCUGGAGAUGUUGCAUUGGCCGCUCACGGUAGGCAGCCGCCAGGAUGAAAACGAAAAGCGACUGCAGCAGGAAAUAAUGGUGUUGCGGCAGCACAUCCUCCGACAUGCGAAAGCGCCAGCAGGUCUAGCGCUGCGACAUCGCCAAAGCGAAGGUGAAUCUCGUGGAAGCAAAAGGUCCGGGACGAGUCCGCAUUGCUCUGGAGAGCUAGAAACGGUGGAAAAUGUGGAACGACGGAGUGGCUGCCAUUCGCCAGACAACCCGUGCAAUCCCGCAAACAGCGUAACCACCUUUGCUUCGAAUCGUAAUUGUAAGUCGCCUGUGAAGGUGGGAUCCGGCUCUCAUGGAAAAACCGAUGAAGGGCACGGUCACUUGUUGAAGAGGUUCCAUACUCGCUCUGUGACUACCGUAGCAGAAAAUGUAAAUGGUUUCAGUGAGGCCGCAGCGACAAACUUUUUCCCUUCUGCGUUGUCCGCCUCUACCAUGGGCGUCACAUGUCCAAAUGAAAAACAAGUUUCAUCGAAUAGAGAUGAACAGUCUUGCGCUACUGAGGAUGUGAAAGGGCGAGAGAGAUUCUCCAUGCGAGAGCCUGUGCGCCUGAAACUCCUCGCGCUUCAGUAUCAGCAAGAGAUUUCCUGUUUGCAAAGACCGCAAAGAAGCUUGGCGUCGCCAAGAAUGGCGGGAAUGGCGGAAGCAUCGCUGCAGUCACUGUCAUGCCCUUCAUUGAGCGUGUCCCCUGGCGACUGCAGUAGCAGCUCCUCAUCUUGUCAGCGUUUAAUCGUCGACACGGCUACUAAAACGGAGUCGCCUGUUCGCGAACUCCGAGCAGAACAGAAAGAAAAUUCUCCUGUGACAUCCCAGAAAAGACUGGAGGAUUGGAACCAUGCGAGUAGAGAUAAGGACCCUCCAGCAGUCGGAGAACGAAGCUCCCUUGCUUUGUGUUCGGAAACAAAAAGUAAUCGUGAAAGUAUGGCAGCUGCCUGCUGGGAGUUCCUGCCUCCUCAAUCCUCGACUCAACGUGACGGCUUGAAGUGCGAUAACACUAAAUGCACGACACUUUCAAAGUGCAGCGGGUCCCGUAAAGAAGAUCGGCGUUCGGACUGUGUAGAACCGCAAACAAAGUUGAAGAAUCCUCAGCCUUCGCCAAACAAAAAUGCAAUUACUGGAAGCGACACGAGCUGGCCACUCCCUCGUACUCCUAGGGAAACAAGUACGCAUGAUCACUUCCGAAAGCUGGCAUCUACAUCUGAUUUGCCAAUCGAAAAGCCUGUCCUAGCUGUUUCAUCAUCUUCGCUAGGCAUUUCAGCUGAAAAAAGAAAAGGGACAAAGGAUUCCCUGUUCGAAAAGGGGACCAAACAGUGCGCAAUGUCCACACACAGAAAAUUAGAUCCACAAAUACGCGGCACGCCACACAACCUGAGCCAUCGACAACAGUCACCAGCACGGGCUAGCGAAGAGGUGCGCGCUUCAUCUGACUCGCUCCUGGACUUGCAUGCCAAUCACGAAAAUAGUAGAAAAAGUGAUCGCAUCUCUGUCUCUGAGACUGCGAGACAUGAUUCCACUAAUGCUCUUGACAGUGUGGGUCGCUGUAUCGCUAGCGGCCGGAGCAGUCGUGCCGACAAUAUUCGCUACACCCUCCAUGGAGAUCAAGACGAAGUGGAGUUGCUCCUGCAAGGUCUGUGAGGCUCGAGGGAUGAACAUUUCUCACGCGUUUCCAUGCAUCUGGUUGCGGCAUCUAUUCCAAGACGUUAUUGGCACAAAGUGUCUAAAUGUGACCCAAGAGACCCACCCAUGCAUGUCCAUACCAGCGAAACAUUGAACACGGUGUGCCUAUAACGCUGGCGUCCGGAAU